AUGGCGCCGACAGAAGAAUGCUCAUUCGAUACUAGCCCGUCCAUGGAAGAAGCCCCAAGUCGCCUUCUCGUGAUCGAUUCGGCGUCGGAUAUCGGGGGUACCUGGGCCGAAGAGCGUCUUUAUCCAAACUUGCUCAGUCAGAACUCGUACGGACUGUAUGAGUUCAGCGAUCUGCCCCUGGCCGAUGUUGUCCCAGAGGAUGAGAAUGAUGCCUCUGGCACCAAGAGUCAAUUCAUUGCAGGCUGGAAGAUCCGACGAUAUCUGCGGGCAUGGGUUGCAAAGUGGAAGCUGGAAAAGCACAUCCGACUGAAUUGGACCGUCGAGAGCGUUUGUCGCCUGGAAAGCAAAGAGUGGAAGCUGAGCAUCAGUCUCCCCACGACUCCGACUCAGCACAUAACUGUUAUUUGCGACAAGCUCAUUCUGGCUACCGGAUUGACAUCGGUGCCAAACUUCCCUGAAAUGUCAGAGUCACCGGGAACUACUGAGCAUGCUGCGCCCGUGAUUCACGCCAAAGACGUCGGAGGAUGGGCUCGGGAACAUCUGGGGUACCAACCACUCGAGCCUCCCUUGCCUUCGGAUAUCUCUACGGGAGGAAAGGAAGGGCCUUACCCCCAACUACGAUCUGUGGCUAUAUACGGAGGUGCGAAAUCAUCGUUCGAUCUAGUGCACUUCUUUGCAACUCUGCACCGCAACGACCCAAAGCUGCACCUCAAGUCCAAACAGAUCGACCCAGUCCAGGUGAAUUGGAUUAUUCGCGAUCGGGGAUCAGGCGCUGCAUGGAUGGUGCCACCAACAUCUACUCUGCCUAAUGGAGAGACAGUCCCAAGCGACAAGGCGGCAAGCACCCGGUUGCUCACCUACCUCACCCCUUGCUGCUACAUGCUUCCUAAACGCCUUUCACGGACAGGAUCGUGGGGGCUGCAAUGGGAGGGCUCAUGGCUGAUUCGCCUGUUGCAUGGAAACCCUUUCGGUCGAUGGUGGGUUCGGUGGUUCUGGCAGUCCAUCGAUCGAGGCUUGGAAGAGUCGGCGCAAUAUGGGUCGGAUGCGAAGAUGGAAUUACUUCGUCCGGAAAACAGUGUGGUAUCGUGCGCAUCUGGCAUUGGGAUCGCUAAUCAAGGAGACCUUUGGGAAGCUAUCCGACUGCCCCAUGUGAAAGUGUACCGAUCGGCCAUCACAAGCAUUGAGUCAUCCGGAGAACAGGCAGCGACAGGCUCAAACAAGCGUGCUGUGGUUCACCUGGGUGACCAUACUCGUGUUGAACCCGUUGACCUGGUUAUCCAUGCCACUGGAUAUAGACCAAUCGUUCCGAUUCGGUUCUCCCCCGCCUCUCUACGUAUUGAUCUGGGACUCUCUGCUCUCAUAUCAAAUGGGAGUCAGGAUAUAGAUGCAGAGACUCAAAACGAAACAGUAUCACCGGAAAGAAUCCCCGGCCUGCUAGGACCUCGUAUUGCGGAUCGCAUAAGGCACUGGGAGGAUUUGGACCAGCGUUUGGAAGUCACAGUUCGGAAGACCUUGCAGGCUACCAAAUGCAGUCUUAUAGAUCGUGGUUCUCCUUCGUGGGCUCACUCUGGCCAGCUGAUUCCCUAUCGAUUGUUCCGCCGGAUGGUUGCCCCCGAGCUGGUGGCUCAGGGCGACCGUUCUUUUGCCACACUUGGUGUGAUCUUAUCAUCUACAAUUGCGGUCAUCGCUGAAGUACAGGCUCUCUGGGUCGCCGCGUUUCUAACUGGAGGACUGGAUGCCAAACCCGGGACUGUGAAACCAUGUGAAGCUCUCUCUCUUGAUUCACUUUCACUGGAUGUGAUGGAGCAUGCGAUUUCUGAAGAUACGGUACUUGGCUCAAUGACCGGGAGUGGCCUUGAAGUGGAUGCUAUCCAGUACAAUGACACUCUGAUGCGUGAUUUGGGUUUAAAUCCAAACCGGCUCGGAGGGACCUAUCAAGAGCUGACUGGCGUGUAUGGGCCGUCAGCGUAUAGUGGGAUUGUCGACGAGUGGAAGCAGCUUUACUGUCUGAGAAACAAUUGA